GGACGGCGAAGCUGAAGAAAGCUGAAGAAUCAUCGGCGCAUACUGUUGGGAGUUUGCUCGCCCUUUACCACUGUUGAAGAGAUCGAAUCCCUGUUAAUUGAAGGAUGAGCUCCGAGGUGUACCGGGACGUAGAGGGCCCAUACAUCCCCUUCAAAUUCCAGGAAAAGACGGUCCGAUCGGUACUGUCCUACGAGCCACAGGAGGGCGACAUUUUCAUCGUAUCGUACCCCAAGUGCGGCACAACCUGGGUGCAGUACAUCACCUACAACAUCUUCAACGAUGGCGUCCGUCCGCCGAGCAUGCUAGACGUCUUGAGGUCCGUCCCAUUUCUCGAGUGCAGGGGCAUCCCAGACAAGGACUUGCCCAGACCGGUGGCCAUGAAGACGCACCUGCCGUUCAGCGAGCAGCCAUACUCGGAAGGUGCCAAAUACAUUUACGUCUCCAGGAACCCGUACGAUUGCUGCGUUUCUUUUUAUUACUACGUCAAAACAAGGCUACAGCACCAGUUCGAGGACGGAACCUUCGACGAGUUCUUCGAGUCCUUCGUCCGAGGAAAAGUCCUCUUCGGCGACUACUUCGACCAUCUUCUGUCCUGGUACGCGCAUGGGAGCGACCCCAACGUUCUUUUCAUGACCUACGAGGGCCUUAAGAAGGACACCGAGUCGUGCGUUUUGAAGGUGGCCGACUUCAUUGGGAAAGAGUACGGCAGGAAGCUCCGGGACCACCCCGAACUUCUCGAACGAAUCGUCUCAAACGUGAGCCUGGAGGCAAUGAAAGGUCUCGAAAAGGAGAUGAAGACAAAAGCCGCCGAACGGAGUGUGACCGAGCCGAGUGAGAUGCCAGAGGGUGUUCGAUCAAAGACGGCGUUAUUUGGCGGUCCCGUUGCAAAACCGUUUCUCGGUGACCUUGUACGUAAGGGCGUCGUCGGAGAUUGGAAGAAUCAUUUUUCCCCCGUGCAGGUUGAGCGAAUGAAGGAGUGGAUCGCGCUCAAGACGAAAGGAAGCGAUGUUAUGUGUCUGUGGAAAGACAUCGAUCUCCCGUGACCGCCAAGGCACCAGCAUCUGUUCUUUUGAUCUUUUAAUAAAGAAGUUUAUUCAUCA